CUCGCAUCCCACUGGUCACAUACUGCAUGCACCUUCAAGUUGACUCGCAGUUCCUCCCGCAAGCACCAGAUAUAACACGAGACAAAAUGCACUUGUUUGUCAAAGUCACAAGCGUGAGUGACGGUGUUGCUCACAUCCCAUCGGGUUGCAUCAGGCCGGUCUUGAGAUUCUCACCAUCCCAGAUAUCUACCGGGCGUAUCGGAGGGAUCAAGACGAUGAUUAACCAAGUCGUCAGUUGAACCAGACUGAUGUUGUCGAACGAGGGUGCUGUCGAGCUGGCUAAGACCACAACUCUCUCGCAGCACCAAGUGGGUAUCCGAGAGGUCUAUCACAAAUGAUGCUGGUGGUAACACUGAGGUGAGUGAUAAAGCCGUCACACCGAAUCACUCUGGAAAAGUAAAAGCCAUCGUCGGUCCCGAACGGCCCGUUUCUGACGUAUAGCGAGUACGCGUUCUGGACCGUGAGGUUAAUACCGGUUGUCUACCAUUCAGUAACACAUUUGUGCGAGGAGGUGUCAGACCGCUGGAUUCAUCCGUUGUUCACACCCACUGCGGGAUACAGAAAUCGAGCGCAGAACGAG